AGCGCAUACAAAAACAAAUUCGGUUUCCGUCCAUUUCUUAUAUGCCGUGCACUGCAGUAGUUGGAUAAAAAUCUAUCGGGGUCGUGCCGUACAAAAGCUAAAGGGCUCAACAAUCAACAUUUCUCGUCGUGGUCCUGUAUGCUAAUUGCAUUCGUGCAUUACAAAUCUUUUCAUUGAGGUAAAUCCGCAUUACAAAUUCCAUUUCAAAAUCAGUGGGUACGGGACAACUUGACGAUGUGAAAUAUGAACCCCCUAAGAUGACUGCCCACACGGAACUACCUCCACCCCCCCUUUCUUAUUCCGCAUCACAGUACCUUUUAUACUUUUGCUUUUUAUGCAUCACAGAUUGUACUCUUUCUCACUGCUUCUCAUUGUAGCUAUUUAUUUAAAGGGUUUAUGCAUUACAAACUGCAAAAAAUUUGAAAGUACUCGAUGUGUUAUAAAGCGGUAGUAGUUGGACAUUAUUUCCUGUCGUUUUUUUGUAUUUCACAGAUCUUGUUGUAAAACAUAAUUCAGGCCUUAUAUUUUUUUUUUCUGCUUUAUUUUUCGAUACAGUUUCAUAGGUGUUGCUGCUGUGAGCUGAAUCAUUUUCUAGAAUUCAAACUAUCUCAACAGUAGGAAGCACCGCGCUUGGUCUGUUGUACGCCGGGGAAGUUCUAGAGCCAAGGGACUUCUCCUGUACACCAGACCCAAGUUUUAAUUUGUUAUUUACCACAUCUUUUAUCACACUGUAGUUCUACUAUUCAUCCGGACGUACUGUCCGCUAUUUCCUUGCAAAGAGUUCUACUGUACCUAUAGUAUCAAGUUCUUAUUCCGUCUCCUGUCUUCCUAGAAGAAGAUUUUUCGGUGUAAAGCAUUUGCAUUUCACAUCAUUUUUUUGAAAAAAUAAAAUGCUCCCAAACUGUCAAUUUAGCCAAAUGAGCGUUAAAUGCGGGAACCUGAUUUCUGUACAACUUUUUUUUGGAAGGAUAAUUUCGAAAUAAUCUAUGCCUACGUUAUUUUUAAUCUGCGCGUGCUGUUGUCAGUGAUGUUUUCACAAACUGCAUCGGAUUUUUCGGAACAACAUCAAUGCACUCCGAGUUGUCCGGUGAACGAAUAUCAUCUAUAGCCUAGAACAAGCCGACGACCACGCAACAGAAGAAGCUCUAGUACUUUGGUCAGCACUACAAAUAUAGCAACCGACGUGCAGGAGGACCCGAGCGAUCAUCCCAGCUGGCAGCAGGUCCUAGUAUUAACUAGCAGGACCACAGCAUGACAACCGCCACGGCGCCUUCCGCUGCCAUGUACCCUCCGGGCUAUGUGGACCACGGGCAGCAGGACAACCUCCUGCUCUUCGAGUCCCCCCGGGAGGAGCUAUUUUUUGCCGGCACCAGCAGCAGCAGCCCCGACGGGGGAGCAGAUCUUCACGACUUCGACCUGAUGGCGCAGCUGCGGGACAAGAACCAACAGCACACGACUCGUGUGAAAAUGGCAGGAACAGUUGUUCCACCGGCGAACAAGGAAGAGACAGAACCUAGCAGUGUACAACUAGCAGCUCCGACAGGCCAGAUCACCCGGGUAAGGCAGGAAUCCAAAAACAUCUUCUCCUCUUCAAGCAGCUCAAGUAGAAGAAAUAGCAAAAACAACACCAGCGAAGGGUCGUCCUCUUCUAGUUCAUCCUCUUCGGAACAGGAACCCUUUCAAGAACAUCCGGAGCCGAGUGCAACUACUGCGAAGGGCGGGGAUCAUCAUUUUCCGACUGGAUUACAUGUAAUAUCCAGAAGGACGCGGAGUAAGUACCGGAGUUGCCAGGAGGAGCUGUCGGAACUACAAGUCGACGUUGAUAUUUCACCGGGGAAAAGUAAAAACAACAAGAUUUCAACAUCGAACAAAAAUUCCACCUCUACUGCGUCUCUCAGAAGUAGUCGUCAUCGAAGCAGGCCCGAAAUGAAUAUCUCAUCAAUCGGAACUACAUCAUCUUCAACAACAAAUGUCGCGCAGCCUUUCGACCUGCCGUUUGUACGAGUCAGAGCGGAUGAGAAGGUGAUGAGGAUUAAGAAUGACGACGCAGCAGGACGAGGAGCAAUAAAUCAAGAACAACAAUCUGCAGCUUCUGGAUUCCUCCUCUCAACAUCGAGUAGUUCUUCGGGUGCAAACAGCACCAGCUCGAGCACUAGGACCGCGAAUGGUGGAGGGGAAGCUACAGCCACGACUUCUGGUGCACCUACAGAAGCAAUAAGAAGAACAUCAUCUGCCACUAGUUCCACUUUUUUCGCGCCCACAGCCCGCGGAGGAGGAGAUAGUACUUCCCAUCAAGCUUCUGCAGGGCGGAAAAUUGAAAUAAAUCCGCAGGAAGCCCCCGGAGGUGGUGGUGCUCCCGGAGGCAACUACACCAAUUCAUCCUCCACUUCGCCAGAAAGUCGCAUUAAUCCGGACGCUGCGCCGCGUGGAUUUGUAAAGAUGAAUCCAGCAGCAGGAACUGCAGCAGCACAGUCACGACAGAAGGAGCCGAACAUCAACAUCAACAACUUGGUCGUGAUUUCUCAACAUCCACAAGAACCACACGACUAUGGAAAGAAAAAAGUUUGUCACAGUCACUAACUUGCAGGUUUUGCAUUACAAAUUUUUUUAGCAUCACAAGUUUUCCUUGUAUUGCAGAAACACUAGGGAAAUCCCCUAUGAAGCUUGGCUGUCAUGCAUUUUUACGCAUGACAGCCAGUUUUGUAUUGCAAAAAUGCGCAUGAGUGAUCGUGACGAACUUUUUUUGUUUGAUAACGACCCUCCGGCGUCCAGUAGCACCAAGUCGUCCCCUAUCAAAUGCAAAAAUGUCUGGGUCUGGAAGGUUGGAACUUGUGAUGCAAAGCCUGGAACACACAAAAACUUGUGUUGCAUGAGCGCCAAAAGCUGUCCAUUUCUUGGCACGCAAGUAGGAAGUUUCUCAUGCGGGACAGGCAUCACGAGGCGUGCUCAAAAACUGUGAUGCUUUUGCCUGCUUCAGACGCCAUUUGCGUGAUCCGAAAUAUGCAUGACAAAUCUCGCAAUCUUCUUCCAGACCCAGACACUUUUACAUUUGAUAUCCCCUCUCUCCCAGUACGGGCCUGGUUUCCUCAACAACACGUCCUCGACAAACAACCCGCUAUCUCAGAAUAUGUCGAUUGUGAACUCUCCGGUGAAUUAUAACCACAACAACAAAUCGGUUUGGUCCUCUCCCAGUUCGAGUAAGAACGAGUCUGUGCGAACCCCUCUCCUCGACGAUCUCCACGUAGGGGCGGGAGAUUCAACUUCUAGAGCAGACUGGAGUAGUCUGUUCAACCAACUGCCCGACACGCCGACCUUCCCGUCCCGGCAAAUUUCCCGGCAGACACCGUCAGUAGCAAGAAGUCGGCAAAUGACAAAAUCGCUGUCGUUUCCGGAGCACCAGAAUAGUACCUCCUCCGAAGAUCAUCAUUAUCAUCAUCCCGCCCAAGCCGCGGCGAACUCGAUCCUGACUCACUUUAGCUCUACUGAUGCAGGUACUAUUUUGGACCACGACCAGCACCAACCCCAGACCAGCUGCUCCUUCAGUUCCAGUGCCAACAGUACCUGGCGCAGUCACACCCAUCUGCACCGCGAACACAAAACGUUGAGCUUCCCCUCGCAGCUUUUUGAGUCACUGAAGAAAUUGGAAUUCGAACAGCAGAACAGUGACAGGAAUCAUGUUGAUCAGAGGGCCCCGUCGGUGGAACAGCAGCAACAGCACACGGUAAACAUGAACACCACGUCUCCGGGCUCGGUCGCCACGCAGCACAAUAAUAUCAGCUACACAGGGCAACAAAUCACGACGACCGUAGGAACUACUUCUCACUUGGAGAAGCAGCACAUGCUCCGUGCGGGGAUACUCGCGCCCAGGCUCGUAUGGGAGUGUCAGGAUUGAAAUCGACGAAAUUGAAAUGAGUUGUCAUGCGUAAAAUGGAUGCCAGUUGGAACACAGGUUCCAAGUGGCGCAUGACAAAUUUUGGUGGUGCCUAAAUCCAGUUUGUCAUGCUGUUUGGGUAAGGAGGACGCCUUUUGUGUUUGUGAUGCUACUUUAGCAGCUCUGUUUCUACCCCUCAACAGGCUCGCAAUCUGCCUCCCUUGCCUACUCUGCAAGAUAGGCACUUUGUGGGUUGCACUUUAUGCAUCACAAACUAUUUCAACUCUGACGAUUUCAGUCCUGACGCUUCCAUAGCUCGGGGCAGCAAACAGUGGCAGCAGUCAGAACUUUCUGAUGCAGUUUCGCAAGAUGCAAAAUCGACUCGAAAGGGAGAAAGCGGCGGAAAUACAGGGAGAUAAAAACUUUUCCCAGCAGAACGCAAGUAAAAACAGCAGCUUUGGACGAGGCGGAGGUAAUCAUUUGGUCAACGCGAACAACAAUAACAGUGAUGAGGAAAACUAUGACAUCAACGACGAGGAAGAGAUGCAGGAUGCAAACCUGAAAAGACGGAAACAGGUGAAGAAAACAACUACUACUUCUCAUUAUGGCGCUCCUGGACGAGGAGGACCCGUUGCCCCGGCGAUAGAAGUACAACUUAUCAAACGCAAAUAUGUCUGGGCCUGGAAGCUUGUGAUGCCAAAAUGUGCAUGAUGGAAACACUUCCGAGUGCAGCCCAGCAUGACAACUUUCCGGAGCGCUUUCUCAUAGGCAGUCCGCAUGAGAAACUACGUUUUUGCAUGACAAAAAUGGCUGCGGCUUUUGUCGGUGGGUUAUGCAAUACAGAUUUCCCAGGAAUGUAAAGCUAGCAUUACAAGUUUGAUUUUCCAGACCCAGACAUUUUUGCAAUCCAUACAACUACAGCAGGAACAACAGCAUCAAGCUGAUCAGGAGCUGAGGAAUCUGUUUAACUUACAGGACGAAAGUCAACUCGUCGCAGGCGGAGGGGAGGAGAUGCCUUUUGUGGGGAGAAAAAGAAGGUAGAAGCUGCACCAGCUCGCGUUGGACGUUUUAAUAUCUACUGUGGCAAUUAUUUUUCAACAUCUGAGGACUUCUAAAAACUGGUGUGAGUACUUCUAGCCGUGAAAAGAUAGAGUUUUAUUUCAAAACAAGAAUGCGAGCUUGAAGAACUUUACGUUCUCGUGCGUCGAUCGCGUUAAUUCAUCAUGCAAAAAAAAACAUGUCAGCACUUACUAGCUUGUCCUCGAGAUGAGAAGACCACAAGAAACUACUGUACACAUCGAUUUUUCGAACACGAUACGCAUAAAAGCUGUAUCGCCACUGGCGACAGCACACGAUAUUACUAGAGAUAACUUUGUCGAAGAUCCUCGUGUAGUUCCGUGGUAGUUGUCCACAAGUGACUAGGUAAUUUUUCAAUUGUCGUGCCACACACAUAGAGAUGGAGACUCAACAUAAGAAACUGCGUGCUGCUCCACUAUCUGUACUUUCGAGGUGGUGGAAGAAUCAAUUCAGAUUAUAGGCUGCUUCAUCUUCGAUAACCAUCGUUCACUUUUUCUGGGGAAUUACUUAUUCAGAACAAGCUAGUACUAGUAUAGCCGGAUGAGUGUUUCUAGUACAACAGCUAAACCUCUUCUUGUCCUACCUACCGCUCUUAGAGCCAUAGAAAUUCAUAGCAUUUAUUGUGUGUGGACCUGAUCUAGUACAACAUCAACUCAUUGUGUCGUGUUUUAUUCGAAGUUAACAAAUACGAAGAAAAUUAUACCGCCCACUUUGUCCCUUCGCGUUCCGCGAGGCAAGGGC